AUGAAAGAGGAAACGUAUUUGCAGCGGUGUUGGCAAAAGUGCCUCGACGAAGAAAUUCCCAUACCUGCAGAGAUUGUCCGGGUUGAUGAGAAAGAUGACAGAGUAAAUGUCCGGCACACAACAUUCAUAAGUUUCAAUGAGUCAGAAGAUACUCAAGAUGAUCUAUCUACACCAGAAAAUAUCAUUGACAUUCAACCAGCCAAUGAAGAAAUAAUUACUCUGGCAGAAGAACCUGUAGAUUUGCAAGUUGAAGGUACAAGUCAUGAGAAAUCAAGCAUCAAUGACAUUUCAGUUACUCAAAAGCUUACUUCUGAGCAGACCAAUGUUAAAAGUGUUUAUCCUUUGGUAACUUGUAUGGCAAAGUCAGCAGCGAUUGUGCUGGGAAACGUGCCAGAGGUUCAAAAGGUUGAUCAAAAGCGGGUGUUACUCAAACAAAUUUUGAAAGCUCACCAAGGCCAAUGCAAUGAAAUGAGAAAGCAAGAAGCAAUAAAGGAAUACGAGAACAGUCUACUACUAAUAAAGUCCAAAGUUUUGGCAGAACACAGCAAAACCAAAAGACAGUUUGCAGAAUGGGAAAAGUCAUACUAUGAAAAGCAUAAUCUUAAAGCACCAACUUAUGAAAUUAUGAAAAAUGAUGAAGAAGCAUCAGUAUUGUUAAGAAAACUGAAAAAUGCGAAGGCAUUACUCAAAGAGUGGAACAUCAACUUUUAA